CAGAGCGUUGGGCCUGCGGUCGUUGGUUUUAGUCGAGUCGUUGCCCUGGCCUGAAACGGACGUGCGUUCCGCCUCGCCCGUUCUGCAGUCCGGUUUCCGCCUCGUUUCCGCCCCGCUGCGCGCCGGCAGUAUGGCCCAUAAGCAGAUCUACUACUCUGACAAGUACUUCGACGAGCACUAUGAGUACCGGCAUGUCAUGUUACCCAGAGAACUUUCCAAACAAGUACCCAAAACUCAUCUAAUGUCUGAAGAGGAGUGGAGGAGACUUGGUGUCCAACAGAGUCUAGGCUGGGUUCAUUACAUGAUUCAUGAGCCAGAACCCCAUAUUCUUCUCUUUAGACGACCUCUUCCAAAAGAGCAACAAAAAUGAAGUCUAUCUGGGAUCAUCAAUUAAAUCUUUCGCAAAUUUAAUGUAUAUGUGUAUAUAAGGUAGUAUUCAGUGAAUACUUGAAAAAUGUACAAAUCAUUCAUCCUUACCUGUGCAUGAGCUGUAUUCUUCACAGCAACAGAGCUCAGUUAAAUGCAACUGCAAGUAGCUUAUUGUAAGGUGUUUAAAAUUUCUUCUAGUCAGUUUUUCUCUUAAUAUAAGUGCCUGUUUGACAUUACCUGUUACUUUUGUUAAAUAAAGUUUGUAUGUUGCAUUUACCACUGUU